UUUCAUCAUCUGUAUAUAACUAUGUGUAUGAUUGCUUAUACAUACAUUGUAUGUAUCUAUCUGUUAGGGUUGCUAGAUUUAAGUUCUUGUGUGUAUUCCAACUGGUAGCUAGAGAUUUUAGUUUUGGUGGAUUGUUUAUGCAGUGUGGGUAGAUCAUGUGGAAGCUGAAGAUUGCAGAAGGACAUGGCCCGUUUCUGUACAGCACCAACAACUUUGUAGGCAGACAGACAUGGGAGUUCGAUCCCAAUGGAGGAACCCCGGAGGAAAUUCGGGCUUUCCAGAAGGCACGCGAAGAGUUCGCUGAGAAUCGGAAGAAAGGUUAUCAAUGUUCAGGAGAUCUCUUCUUGAGAACGCAGCUCAAGAAGGAAAGUGGACUUGAUCUGCUGGGCAUUCCGCCGGUCAGAGUUGGAGAAAACGACGUCGUGACGUACGAAACGGCGACGAUUGCUGUGAAGAAAGCUCUGUGGCUGAAUCGGGCGGUGCAGGCGAGCGACGGACACUGGCCGGCAGAAAGUACAGGGCCUGUGUUUUUCACUCCUCCACUCAUAAUCGUCUUGUAUAUAAGUGGAACAAUCAACACAGUUCUAACGUCAGAACACAGGACGGAGAUGAUCCGCUAUAUAUACAAUCAUCAGAAUGAGGAUGGCGGGUGGGGAUUUCACAUAGAAGGGCACAGCACCAUGAUAGGCUCCGCACUCAGCUACGUGGCCCUGCGGUUACUCGGAGAAGGUCCUGACGACGGGAACGGCGCCGUCGCAAGAGCUCGCCGGUGGAUCCUUGAUCACGGCGGCGCUACGGGAAUUCCGUCGUGGGGGAAAACCUACCUCUCGGUGCUUGGAGUGUAUGAUUGGGAUGGCUGCAAUCCUCUUCCCCCGGAAUUCUGGUUGUUCCCUUCAUUUAUGGCUUUUCAUCCAGCAAAAAUGUGGUGCUAUUGCCGCACGACAUACAUGCCAAUGUCGUAUCUUUACGGAAAAAAGUACCAUGGCCCGAUCACGGAUUUAGUUUUAUCACUGAGACAAGAAAUUCAUGCGAAGCCCUACGAUCAGAUCAAUUGGGACAAGGCACGGCAUGGUUGUUGUAAGGAUGAUCUUUACUAUCCACACACCUUUGUACAAGAUCUGCUUUGGGAUACUCUCAACUACUGCUCGGAGCCCCUGAUGAGGCAAUGGCCUUUGAACAAGAUCAGGCAAAGGGCCCUCAACAAGGCGAUUGAAUAUAUGCGCUAUGAAGCAGAGGAAACUAGAUAUAUAACCAUUGGAUGUGUGGAAAAAAGUUUACAAAUGAUGUGCUGGUGGGCUCACGAUCCAAAUGGUGAUGAGUUUAAGCAUCACUUAGCCAGGUUGCCUGAUUACUUGUGGCUUGCCGAAGAUGGCAUGAAAAUGCAGAGUUUUGGAAGUCAAACAUGGGACAGCGCCCUUGCGACUCAGGCGGUAAUAUCAACAGGCAUGGUUGAGGAAUACGGAGAUUGUCUCAAGAAGGCGCACUUCUUCAUAAAAGAAUCUCAGAUAAAGCAAAAUCCAAAGGGAGAGUUCGAAGGCAUGUAUCGUCACUUUACUAAAGGAGGGUGGACCUUCUCCGACCAAGAUCAGGGGUGGGUUGUCUCGGACUGCACAGCCGAAGCAAUGAAGUGCCUGCUUUUGCUCUCGCAAAUGCCUAAUGAAAUCGCGGGAGAGAAGCCUGAUGUUGAGCUUCUGUAUGAAGCUGUGAAUGUGCUCCUUUAUUUACAAAGUCCCAAAAGUGGCGGAUUUGGCAUCUGGGAACCCCCAAUUCCACAGCCGUAUCUACAGGUUUUGAAUCCCUCGGAACUCUUUGCAGACAUAGUGGUCGAGCAAGAACAUGUCGAAACCACUGCUUCCAUUGUACAAGCUCUUCAAGCAUUCAAGCACCUGCAUCCAGGUCACCGGGAGAAGGAAAUAGAACUUUCAGUGGCAAAGGCAUUAAGCUAUCUCGAAGAGAAACAAUGGCCAGACGGUUCAUGGUAUGGUUAUUGGGGAGUCUGCUUCAUUUACGCCACAUUCUUUGCGCUUAGAGGAUUAUCCGCGGCAGGGAAAACAUAUGAAAAUAGCGAAGCAGUUCAUAAAGGCGUCAGCUUCUUUUUGUCAACACAAAACGAAGAAGGCGGAUGGGGAGAAAGCUUCGAGUCUUGUCCAAGCAUGAAAUACACACCACUAGAAGGGAACCGCACGAAUUUGGUACAAACAUCGUGGGCGAUGCUCGCGCUUAUGUAUGGCGGACAAGCGGAGAGGGAUCCCGGACCUCUACAUAAAGCAGCAAAGUUGCUAAUAAACGCGCAGAUGGAGGAUGGGGAUUUCCCUCAGCAGGAAAUAACUGGAGCGUACAUGAAGAACUGCAUGCUGCAUUAUGCGCAAUACCGGAAUAUUUUCCCCUUAUGGGCACUGGGAGAGUAUCGUAAACGCAUCUGGCCAGGCCUUCCCUGUGCCUCUAAACAAACACAUAUACAACCUCAGUGAAUGUUCAAACUUUUAUGGCUGCGAAUCUUGUGCUGAUUCGAUUCGACUAAAUUAGUUGAUUUGACUCGAUCAGCAUAUGUUAUACGAAUGAUCGAUAUAUAUUUGGUUGGUAAUACGACUGAUCCACGUCCAACUUUUAUAGGUAUGGGAAUGUGGUUCACAUUACACGUAAGUAUAAUGA